ACAAAUUGGCCUAUUAAUACUGCAGUAACUCCACUUACCUAUCUGCGUCUUGAUUUGCCAUGCAUGGACACUUUACUUCGUCUUAUAUCGACAACACCACUCUCUGACACAUUGCGUCAAUUACAUGUUAAAAUAGGUCACAGUCGUUCCCCUGUAUCAAUCUCUAAUCUGUCGAUUCGAAUGAAUAGUUUACAUACAUUUAGUUUUGUUCAAACAUUUUUCUCAACGUUAACAAUUGAAUGGACAAUUUUCGAAAUGUUGACAUCUUCGAAUGUUAUGCCUAUUCUACGACGUGCUAAUGUGUCCAUUUUUAUUGAUAUUAGUGACUUAAAUCGUAUAGGUUCAUCACCGCUUUUUACUGAUUAUCGUCAUGUCGAUGUUCAUUUUGGUAUUAAUCUUAUCAACUGUCCUCAAUAUAUCAAUGUGACACAAUAUAUUCCACGUGGUAAUCGUUUUCAUCCAAGAGAAAUUGUUAGUGUAACAUUUCUUGUUAAACAUGUGUCUAACAGAUUAGAAUGGCUCACUGGUGAUGACCCUUUUAAUCGUGGAAGCCAAUAUCAUCACCAUAUGUGGUAUACUCUGCCGUGGGGAUUUGAUGAAUUCUUUUAUGAAUAUCUGCCUGAGAAAUGGAUUAUUAAAGUACAUGUGUUUGAAAAACCUGAAAAAGUGACAACAAUUGGUCAAUCAUCUCUUCGUACAUUCGAUGCAUCAAGUCAAAUGUGGCCAUUACCUAUAUGCUCGUUACCGCAUGUGGUAUUAUCUGAUUGUAUUGAAACAUUGAACUUAUCCUAUUAUAAUACACCUAUUCCCAUAAAUUUUCUAUCUACUCUUCGCAAUAUAACUCUCGCGAAUAGUAUCAAUUGUCUGAACGAUUGUUCUUUACUUCCCAUAACUAUUCGUUCUAUUCGUAUUCUUCUGUUUUAUACUCAUCCUAAUUAUAUGUUACCAAAUUGGCCAGUAAUGUUCGAUUCACUUUCAAAGUUGUCAGAAUUGACUUCGUUACGUAUAUUUAUGUAUGAUUUACCAAAAACUAUCGAUGAUAGAAAUUGCCAAACGAUCGCAAAAGCAGCAACAUUAUUUAGCGAUUUUGGUUUCUACUUUCGGUAUAAAUUCGAUAUGUCAGAUGGUAGUGAAUUCGAAACUAUAUUUAAUGAUCAUGCAAAAUUCAUUACACAAUUAUGUCAUUGUAUUCUUUCAUUGUGUCUUGACAAACAGCCUUAUUAUUCAGUUGACAACGAACACUGUGGACUGACAAUGUGGUUUUAA